AAUGGGACAAGAGCCGUUCUUGGUGCUGCUAGACUAUUCGAAUUCGUGACCCGCGCGCGUUACAACUUGACCUCGAGGCAAUUUUUUCCACUCGUCUCACGCCGACAACUUAUAGGUCGGCCUGCCAUCAAGUACUUCCUCCGGUCAUUCUUAUCUGCUCAUCCCUGUUAUCAAGAUGGCGGGGACACAGAGUAACCUAGACAGCGUUAGGAGGACCGCAAACAUGAUCUCGAGUAGCAUAUUGCCAAAGGCUUCAUCAUCAAAGUUCAAGCCAGCCUUGGGCGUUUCUCACUCUUUCUCAAAUCCCAAUGUUCGCCAAACAUCAGGCUCGAGUUCUCCACUUCCAUCAUUCGCAACACCAAAUUUUGGCAGGAAGAUGAUGAACCCUCGUACAGCACCACUGUCCGCUCCGCUUCACCGGGAUCUAAUCGAUUUAUGUCGUGAACCCACCAUCGAGAUUAUGGAAGGUCCAGUACCCUCUAGAAAGCGUCAGCCCCUUGAUGUUCCCGACGGAGCUCAACAAUCAGCCUCAAAGCGGCUCAAGGAAAGUAAUCGCGUUAACAAAGAAAACAUUUUCCAUACUCUUCCUUUGUCAUCAAAGGGAAUAUCUCGCGCCGUUCCUCGACAAUGGACGCCUGAAAUCCCAAGCGAUGUCGAAGCAUCGAACCCAAACCCUGCUUCAAAUAUGCCAUCUCGCCUUGAUCUGUUUCCUGCACUACCAGCCUCUUCAGAAACUGCACAAUCUGAUGCAGGUACUCAGCUCGUCAAGAAUAUGGACCUAGACUCCGUUUGUUGUCUCUUAUUUUACAUCUCCGUAACUCUGAUAUAUAUUUAACAGCGAUCGCGAGGGUUUCUGGAACUAAUACUUGCCCGAAACCGCGAAGUCCGCGAUUAUUUACUCGCAGCAAUAUCAGAACACGGGAACAAGCCGUUAGACAUUUUCGAAAUCUCGUUUUUAUUGGUUCACAUCGAAGGCCGCAUCGAAGCUAUCCAAGAACGCCUGGCUCGCUUCAACCCUAUCAGCGAGCCGGCUUUAGCUCCAUCCACAUCUAUUCUUGCGCC